UUAAAAACAUUGUCAGACUGCUGGUCAGUGGCUAUCUUGAUUCAUGAUAAUCUGGCACAUCUCAAAGGACUAAGAAUUGAUUAUGGAAUGAUUUUGCCAUCUAGUAUUGUGCACACAUAGUCAACAGUACAGCUUGAUAAACACAUAGUAAGUGCCUACUAUAUAGACCUAAGUCCUGGGAUAGUGUUUCUAUGCUUGAGAAGCUUACAUUUGAACAUGCAUGAGCUAGAUAAUAUUUAGGAUACUAGACAUUUGUUUGAAUUUUUCAUUUUUCCAUAAGUAUUUAUUUAGCACCUACAGUGGUGAAGCUACUGGGCCAUGUAUUGUGGUAGAUACCAUGAAGAAUAAAGGACAGUUUUCUUCUUUUCCAUUGUUUACAAAUAGAUGAGGUAGGCUGCUAUGUAUUUUAAUUAUAUUGCAAAGCAAAUUGCGACAUACAGCAUCACACAGCUAUAAACAGAGCAGUAUGGGGGCUCCAAAGAGGACUUCGUAUCCAAUUGAGUGUCUAGACCAAGGAAUACUUCACGAUAGGUGACUUUUAAGUUUGACCUUGAUUGAAGUUGGAAAAGAACGAAUGUUUAAGAUAGGAUUAUGUGACCACACCAUGAAUAAGUACACUGACUAGAUUAAUAGUAAUGCGCUAUUGUAAAUUAGAUAUCUUAAAGUUCUUAUAUACAUUUGCCUUUUCCUUCCCUUUCAUUAUGUCUAUGUAAAUCUAAAAAACAAAGUCUGCUGUUUUAACACAAGUUAACACACCAUAGAAAUGAUGACAGACUUAGACUUACUGUAAUUGUUAUUGGCUGGUAUUUGCUUUGCGCUUGGAACCAAUUAAAGACCUUGUGGAACUUUGUUGAGGAGAUUAAUAAGGGCUUUAAUAUGGAUUUAGAACUCCAGGAUUUUUACAACAAGACCUUUGCCACUGAGAACAAUACUGCUGCCACUCGAAAUUCUGAUUUUCCGGUCUGGGAUGACUAUAAAAGCAGUGUGGAUGACUUGCAGUAUUUUCUGAUUGGACUUUACACAUUUGUAAGUCUUCUUGGUUUUAUGGGCAAUCUGCUUAUUUUAAUGGCUCUCAUGAGAAAGCGUAAUCAGAAGACGACAGUCAACUUCCUUAUAGGAAAUUUGGCCUUCUCUGAUAUUUUGGUUGUGCUCUUUUGCUCCCCUUUCACACUGACCUCUGUCUUACUGGAUCAGUGGAUGUUUGGCAAAGUCAUGUGUCAUAUUAUGCCUUUUCUUCAAUGUGUGUCUGUUCUGGUUUCAACUUUAAUUCUAAUAUCAAUUGCCAUUGUCAGGUAUCAUAUGAUAAAACAUCCUAUAUCUAAUAAUUUAACAGCAAACCAUGGCUACUUCCUGAUUGCUACCGUGUGGACACUAGGUUUUGCAAUUUGCUCUCCCCUUCCAGUGUUUCACAGUCUGGUGGAACUUCAGGAAACCUUUGGCUCAGCAUUGCUGAGCAGCAGGUAUUUAUGUGUGGAGUCGUGGCCAUCUGAUUCAUACAGAAUUGCUUUUACUAUCUCUUUAUUGCUAGUUCAGUAUAUUCUGCCCUUGGUGUGUCUCACUGUAAGUCAUACCAGUGUCUGCAGGAGUAUAAGCUGUGGGUUGUCCAACAAAGAAAAUAAACUAGAAGAAAACGAGAUGAUCAACUUAACUCUUCAUCCAUUCAAAAAGAGUGGGCCUCAGGUGAAACUUUCCAGCAGCCAUAAGUGGAGCUAUUCAUUCAUCAGAAAACACAGAAGAAGAUACAGCAAGAAGACAGCAUGUGUGUUACCUGCUCCAGCAAGACCUCCUCAAGAGAACCAUUCAAGAAUGCUUCCAGAAAACUUUGGUUUUGUAAAAAGUCAACCCUCUUCAUCCAGUAAGUUCAUACCAAGGGUCCCCACCUGCUUUGAGAUGAAACCUGAAGAAAACUCAGAUGUUCAUGAAAUGAGAGUAAACCGUUCUAUCAUGAGAAUCAAAAAGAGAUCUCGAAGCGUUUUCUAUAGACUGACCAUACUGAUAUUAGUGUUUGCUGUUAGCUGGAUGCCACUACACCUUUUCCAUGUGGUAACUGAUUUUAAUGAUAACCUUAUUUCAAACAGGCAUUUCAAGUUGGUGUAUUGCAUUUGUCAUUUGUUAGGCAUGAUGUCCUGUUGCCUUAAUCCUAUUCUGUAUGGUUUUCUUAAUAAUGGGAUCAAAGCUGAUUUAAUUUCCCUUAUACAGUGUCUUCAUAUGUCAUAAUUCUGAAUGUUUACCAAGGAAAGAACAAAUGUUGGGAUCAUCUAAAACACAGUCAUAAUAACUCUGUAUGUAUAAUAAACAAAUUUUAGUAACAUAAAAUUUAAUUUAUGUAUCAGAGUUCUGGAUUUGAAUGUCAGUUCAUAAUAUGUGGGAGAUAACUUCCAUGUGUAAUUAUAUAUAAUAUGAUGAAUUCAUUUAGUUGUAUAAAGACUGUGUCAAUGCAAUCUAUAAUUUCACUUGAAGAAGUAUAUUAAGUUUCACUUCAUCUUGUCUCGUAAACAAAUGAAUUGUAAUUUUUGUUUAAAAUAAAAGUUGUAUCUAACCAGCUAGGUAUUUUUUUGUUCAAAGUUAUAAUAAACAAAAUAUUUUUCCUGAGGAUCAUUUCAUUUCAAAUAUUAGGAAUAUAUAUUACCUACUUAUCUUCAUUUCUACUUCACAGGCUUCUUAAUAGUUAGCUUGUGAAAAUACAGAAAACAUUCAGUAUGCUUAGCAAAUCAUAACAAAUGACAGAUGUACGCCCAAGUCAUGAUUAUAAUUGUAAGCAUUGGAUACAGUUUUGGCAGGAAAACGCUAAUUUCCUGUUAUUGAUAAUUGGUGAAAUUGUUCAUUUGCCCCCACUGUAUAGUAACACACAAUUAAUUUACCAAAUAAAAGUAGGUUUUAAAUCUUUUCUAGUCUUAUACCACAGUAACACUAUGAAAGAAAAAUUGUUUUCAUAUGCAUCUUUUAU